AUUUUAAUGGCUCGUUCUCGAUCACGUUCCCCAACUUCUCGUAAUCAGCAUGGUCGUUCAUCUGUGAGACGUCGAUCAAGAUCUAGAUCUUAUGAUAAAAGGCGAAGAGAAAUGUCUUAUAGAAGAGAUGAAGGAUUUAGCAGAGAGCGAUUAAGACGGGAUCGAAUACAAGAAGCUAUCAUCAACAGCAGCAAAAGAUCAAAGGAUGCUUUGGAAAGAUCUUCAGAUUUGAUGAGAGAUAGAAGAUCAACACGUGAUAAAAAUGAUGAUAGACUUCGUUCGGAAUUAGAGAAUUUAAAGAAUGUUGAUGAUGAAUAUGAUAAAAGUUAUAAGAAGCACAAAGAAAAGAAGGAGAAGAAGAAGAAGAAACAUAAACGCGAAAAAAAUGGCAAAGAACCUAAAGCAAAGAAGUCAAAAAGAAAAGAUACCGCAGACGAAACUGAUUUAGAUUCUGAUGACGAGAAGCAAUUAAUUGAGAAAAGAAGAAAACAACGUUCUGAGCUUUUGGAAAAAAUUAGAAAUGAGAAAGGAAUGAUUGACGGUGAACCUAUGCACAGGUAA